AUGAAAUUGAUCAGUGCAAUAGUUGAGUUUGAUUACACAGCCAGCGAACUGGAUGAAUUAAAUCUUAUCAAAGGUGCCGUGAUAACGAACAUUAAAGUUCAACCGGGUGGAUGGUGGCAUGGUACAAUCGCAUCAACAGGCAAAUCCGGCAUGUUUCCCGAUAAUUUUGUUAAACUGCUCGACCAACAGCACGACGACAAAGUCAUACUCAGAGAUAAAACAUCAGCAAAAAAUCGACGAUGCAAGGUUAUCUACAGUUACAAAGAGAGUAAAGAAGACGAAUUGACGCUUGCUGUUGGUGACUUGAUUGAAGUCUUCGAAGAGGUUGAAGAUGGAUGGUGGAAAGGAAAGCUUGGCAAUAAAGUUGGCGUCUUUCCCUCAAACUUCGUCGAGCUUAUUGACUCAACAUCACCGAUAUCAGCAAAUCGUAAAAGUCACAACAUCAACACCACAAUCAUUCAAAAUAAAAUCAACAAUAAUCGUUCGAGUUUGACGAACUCACGUGAGGAUCUUGUCAGUAGUCAUGGUGAAGGCGACGUUCCAAUAUUACCACCGAAGCCUAUUCGUGAAAUGUGUAAAGUACUUUAUGCUUAUGCACCAGUAAAUGAUGAUGAAUUGAAGCUUAAUGAAGGCGAUGUUGUGACGAUUUUGAGUAAAGAAUUACCGGAUAAAGGAUGGUGGAAAGGUGAAUUGCGUGGGAAAAUUGGAGUGUUUCCAGAUAACUUUGUCACUUUAUUGCCAUUAGACACAACCGUAGUUAAAGAACGCCCGGAGCGUCCACCAAUUGGUACAAAAACCAUAAUAACAACCAACAGCAUCAACACGACCAUCAAAUCACCAAAUACGACAACAAACUCAUAUCGUAAAGACAGUUUUGGAUCAAAAGAUUCACUAAGCGAUUCAACAAACUUAAUAAACACUGAACGUGGUGGAUUAUUUGGCAAUGUUGCAGCGCAUCGAAGGUCACUUGAAACGAAAUCAUUGGAAGUGACAGCUGAGAAGCCACCAAGGAAAUCUUUGAUUAUUACUGAUGCCAAUAAAACGCCUUCGGAUAUAAGAAAAAGUCUUGAAAAUCUUGAUGAGAAGAAGACAACACCACCACCAGUAUUAAGUAAAAAACCGACAGUUCCAAUAAAGAAAUCACCGUCAGUGUCGACUGUUGCUGGAAGUAUUUUCAGUGGUUUAAAGUCAAAAGUUAAAAGUGUUGAAAGUAAACUUCAUUCAUCAGCAUCAACAACGACAGCAAAUCAUGAUGGAAUUGAUGGUAUUGGAAGUAGUAAAUUGACAGGUGCUGCUCAUGUUGCUGAUACAAACGAGAAAGGUGUCAUCGGUGAAAGAAUGAAGAAAGAUGAGAAUGAGUUUGAUCAUGUUGAACGUGGCAGUUCAGUACUUCAAGAUGUUCGUCAGAAUCGUGCCAAAGCGCCAAAACGUCGACCACCAACAUCAGCUGGAACUGUUAUUGGUGAUUCAAAUAAUAAUGUUAACAUGAAUGGAAGUCAUCACAUUGAAGAUGUGGCAGAACCAAGUUCUCCUGUUCCAGCACCUGAAGAAGAGCUUGCAAAGCCAAAAGCACGUGAAUGGGAGAAACAUAAAGCGCCUUGGAUGGCUGAGUUGAAAGCAAACCAAGCAAAGAAAACAUCACCAAAUGUUGAAGCGAAGUCAUCACCUGACGAAGAGAAACAGGAUAUGAGUAAGUCAUUUAGCAACAGUUCCUUUGGACAAAAGAAACAAGAAACAUUUGAAGUUCGUGCCGCAAGUAUGGAAGUGAAAUCGACAAAUAGUUUCGAUGCUUUGAAGAAAGAGCAACCAUUAACAACCAUCAGCACGAGUAUUGAUUCAAAUGCAAAGACAACAACGAAAAUAUCAAUUACGGAAAAUUCCAGUAGUGUCAUGACAUCGAAAGUCGAAGAUAGUAAUAAUCACAUUCGACCGACAAAUGUGAGUCUGAGAAAUCGUUCAAUUUCACCAAUCUCACGAACAUCACUUAAUCAUGUCACAAAACCAUCACCAACAAGUUCAGCAAACGUUACAUCAACUCACAUCACAUCAGCAACAACAUCGAAUGAUGUUAACACGCGUGUAAAUGAGUUGGAACAGAAGGUAAAUAAGUUGGAAACUUUAAUUGUCACACAAAAUUCAACGAUUGAUGAGCUGCGAAAGAUGCUGAAAGAUGAAAGUGAAAAAGUUCGAUUGCUUAAAAACGAUUUGGAGAAAUAUGCGCAAUGCUUUACGCAGGUAUGAAAGCAUGUUGUUAGUUCUACACGUUGCGUCUUUUACGUCACCACCCACUCGUUAUAACUUUUGUUGUUGUUUUGAUAUGCAAAGCUAAUUUGCAAUUGUAGAAAGUAAAGAAAUGAAGUUUUUAUGAUAAAGAAAAAGUAAAGUUAGAAGAUGGUUGAACAUUCAGUUUUAUUUUUGAUCUGUUUGGCUUUUAAAAGUGGUUGACAUUUGUAGAUUCUUAAAUCAACGACAUACUUAGCACGUGCCUGGAGAAAUUCAUAAAAAAUCUUCCUGUUGAGCCGCUCAAGUUUGUAGUUAUUCCUCUAGUAGUUUUUGUUCCCUUGCACGAAAAUUAGAUUUCACGAUUUGCUUCAGGAAAAGUUUUUGAAUUUUGGAUUAACAAAAAUUUUGUUUUAUUUUUCCUUCGCGGAUUUCUUUUCUUAAUUAUCGGAUAAAAGAAAUCAAGUUCAAGAGAGUCUGUUGUAAGGGACAAGAAGCCAACUUCAAAAAUAUUUGUAAAUAGUUUCAAGCAUUGAGAAUUUUUUGGUGACGACAAGAGUACUAUCCGAGUGGAACCAACACACAAACAUCAAACAGAAAAAAAUUUAUUUAAUAAAUUCAAAGUCCAUAAAAGUAUUUUUUUUCUAUAUUUUUUUAAAUAUAAAUGAUUUUUAUGUUAAACAUUUAUUAUCUUGUGAAACGAUUAAUACUUAAUGAUAACAUGAUUGAUUGUGAAAUAAGAAAACAUAUUUUAAAACAAGCCCGAGAGAUGAGAGAUAUUUUUAUUCCAUUAGAAUAUUAAGGAAAUAAAAUCGCGAGACAUUUUCUGGUCUCCAAUUUUUCAUACUAUGAUUUGCAUAACAUAUUUUGAUAACAAGAUUUAAGAGUAAAGAAAAUUGCCUGAUUUGUUUGUGCUUCUUAUGCAAUUUAAAGUGAUAACAUGUUUAUUAAUAUAAGAUGAAAGUAAUUUGAUUAAAAACAAAACUGCUUUUUGUAUAGUGAGUGACUUUUACAUAAUUUCUUUUGUCAUGGAAAAUUUAUUUCCUUGAUGAUCAAUUGAGAAACAUCAAGUUUUGCUUUACAAAUUGUACAUAAGAUUGAUUUUUUCCGUAAACCUUCCAAAUUUCUUAUUUACUAAACUUCAUUGCAAUAUCAAUUACAACAGGGUUACAAAUCAAUUAAUAAUAAAAUCUAAUUUUCCUACCUAAUGAAUGCAUUUAAGUAAAUAAGAUGAAUGCUUAAAAAGUCCUUAAACUCACUAAUUCAUCUGAGAGACGUCAACUUUAACUCUCCAAUCUUCUUGUGAAUAAAUAACAAUCUUACGAGUAUCGAAAAUUUGAAGCUAUUGGAAAACAUUAACCACAUUUAAACAAAAUUUGGUCCAAUUGAUAAUUCCAUGUUUUUGUAUACAAAAAACCGAUCGACAAAUUUAUGAUAAACAUUCCUCGAUAAUCGAUAAAAUUUUCUUAAAAAGUUUUAUGAACAAACUUUUUAUGCUUUUCCAAUUUUCCAUUCCAAUUCUUAAAAAAUAUAAUUCAGCCUUUCAACGAAAACAAAUUAUUUUCCUUCGGGGAAUAGUAAAAUUAUAUGAGAAGUGACGAUGAUUUUAUUGAAUUCCAUGAUAUGAUAAGAUAUAAAUUGCAUAAGCAUGAUAGAAGUGAAAAAAUAAUAAAAAAAAUAAAUUAAACAAAACAUAAA